UACAAAUCUGCCGCACGCGAACCUUUAGCUAGAAAUCUCAACAAGCCAAGCGCACAGUUCUUUGUUGCAUGCCGCAACAAACGGUCGUAAGCUCCUUCGAAACGCUGUUAAAGUUGAAGUGUGCGCGCGCAGCAUUGUAAUAUAGUAUAUAUUAGUCUCUAUCCGAGCAACGCUAGUCAGCGCUGCUUCGUAUUGAGUUAACGCUUCGCUUUAAGCGAUCUUUUCGGGCACUAUGCGCGUCGUACGAGUCCUUUUUGGCGUCGCGCUGUUCGUCGGCUGCUGCAGCACAUUAGCGUUCAGCUCAGAUGCAGGCACAAAGCUCGAUUUGCAGGUGCGAAGCCGGCGUAGCUUGGAUGUGGGCUGGCUACUACGUAAUUUGCUUUUAAAUAGCGCCACUGCAAGUGAAUUGAAGGCGAAUGUGACGCGCACGAUUGCCACCGCACAGCCACCACCAACUACUAGGCGUCCGAGGACAACGCGUCCCCCCACCACACCGGCUCCGCCUCCGCCACCUCCACCUCCAUUUAAUCCGUUCUUUAACAAGUUUGCCUUAUUUGCCGGCUCGUCUGAUUUCUGGAAACAACCAACGCGCGCCACAACAACUACGACCACAACCACUGAGGCGCCUGAGACAGAGCCGCCACCACCGCCACCGCCGCCGACCAGACGUCCGCGCCCACGUCCUAAGCCAUUCAUACGUCCACCGCCUGGUUUUAAUAAACCAUAUGGUGGCUAUGACUAUGACUACUUUUAUCCAUCUGGAUACGAUGGCUUUCUGUCACGCGGCAACCUGCGCGCUGGUCCUGCGGAUUAUGAUUAUGAUGACACGCCAGCUGCACAGUCAGCGCCACCUCCUUCGCCUUCGCCACCACCUCCGCAACCACCACCGCCAUCGCCGCCGCCUGCGCCACGUAAAAACGCGCGCAAUCGUCAACGCCCUGCAGCUCCACCACCACCACCAGCGCCAACCCAACCGGCACCUCCACCACCACCGCCACCAACUAGGCGUCGUCCAGCUCCACCGCCAGCACCAACACAACCAGCACCUCCACCACCACCACCGCCAGCUAGGCGUCGCCCAGUUCCACCGCAACCACCACGAGUACCGCCACAAUCAGCACGACUAUUGUACCAGUAUGCGCAGCGAGAUGAUACCUCAUCCAAUGAUUACAACGAUGAUGCAGAAGCCGAACAGCCCGAGACCGCACCCGAAGCAGAUAAUCCACCACAAGCAGAAGCAGAAGACGACAACCUCAAUGCAGCACCAGAGGGCGCUGACGCGACGAAUGGCGAUGUAGGUGAUGAAAAUGAAAUUCCAGAUAAUGAAGACGCCGGACCACCGCCCGAAGUUCUAUCACCGCGACUGCCCAACUUUGGUCGGCGUCCUAACGCGAGGCCAGCGUCUCCACCACCUUUUGCCGCACCAUCCUACUAUGAUUCAGUUCCUUCUUCACCAUAUAAUUUCGGUUCCUUUAGUGCUGGCUCGGGCUUUGGCAGUUCCUCUUUCGGCUUAAAUCGUGCUAGUCCUGCUAAGGGUUCGUAUCAGUUCCGUGACGCAUUCUCUGAUUUCCAAACCAACUACGACGGUGGCCAUUUUCAGCCAAGCGGCUACAGUUCAUAUAAAUAUUCCAUUAAUUAG